GGAAACCCGGGGGUAAUCAACUUCCGUUCUCAAGCUGUACCUGGAAGACGGCAAAAGCGGGCUCACUGAGUGUGCAGCUAUCGUUUUUACCCGAGCUACACAAUUGGAUAUUGUAUAAAUUGGAAGUAUAAAGGCAAACCCGUGCAUUUGCUUCAUCAAGAUGUCGGACUUCGACGAAUUUGAGAGGCAACUUUCCGAAAACAAACAAGGCUUAACAGCGGAGCGCGACAAGGAGAACCGCCAUCAUCGCCGCUCCCCGUCCCGCAGUCGCAGCCGAGAGAGGAAGAGGAGGAGCAGAGACCGGGACAGACGCAGCAGGGACCGCCGGGACAGUAAAGAGCGCAGACCCAGGCGCAGCUCACCAGUCAACCAACCCCAAGAGAUUGCUGUAAGCCGCUCCCCACACCGGGAGAAGGAGAAGAAGAAGAACAAGGUGAAGAAGUACUGGGAUGUCCCGCCUCCCGGUUUUGAACACAUCACCCCCAUGCAGUAUAAAGCCAUGCAAGCUGCUGGCCAGAUCCCAGCCACAGCUCUCCUCCCGACCAUGACCCCAGACGGCCUAGCGGUCACCCCCACCCCCGUGCCCGUGGUGGGCAGCCAGAUGACACGGCAGGCCCGCAGGCUCUACGUGGGCAACAUCCCCUUUGGAAUCACAGAGGAGUCUAUGAUGGACUUCUUCAACGCUCAGAUGCGUUUGGGGGGGCUGACUCAGGCCCCCGGAAAUCCCGUCCUUGCAGUCCAGAUCAACCAGGACAAGAACUUCGCCUUCCUUGAGUUCCGCUCGGUGGAUGAGACAACCCAAGCCAUGGCUUUCGACGGCAUCAUCUUCCAGGGCCAGAGUCUCAAGAUCAGACGUCCCCACGACUACCAGCCCCUACCCGGCAUGAGCGAGAACCCCAGCGUCUACGUGCCAGGCGUUGUGUCAACGGUGGUGCCUGACUCGGCACACAAGCUCUUCAUCGGGGGCCUGCCCAACUACCUGAACGAUGACCAGGUGAAGGAGUUGCUGACAUCAUUCGGUCCUCUGAAGGCCUUCAACCUUGUGAAGGACAGCGCCACCGGCCUCUCUAAAGGAUACGCCUUCUGUGAAUACGUUGACGUCAACCUCAACGACCAGGCGAUUGCAGGGCUGAACGGAAUGCAGCUUGGAGACAAGAAGCUGCUGGUCCAGAGAGCCAGUGUUGGAUCCAAGGACGCCACCCUGACGAGUAUAAACCAGACCCCGGUAACGCUGCAGGUGCCGGGCCUGAUGAACAGCUCGGUGACCCAGAUGGGCGGCCUGCCCACCGAGGUGCUCUGUCUGAUGAACAUGGUGGCGCCGGAGGAGCUGCUGGAUGACGAGGAGUACGAGGAGAUCGUGGAGGACGUCAGGGAGGAGUGCAGCAAGUACGGCCAAGUCAAGAGCAUCGAGAUCCCUCGCCCGGUCGACGGCCUGGAGGUCCCUGGGACUGGCAAGAUCUUCGUGGAGUUCAUGUCCGUGUUCGACUCCCAGAAGGCCAUGCAGGGCCUGACCGGUCGGAAGUUUGCCAACAGGGUUGUGGUGACCAAAUACUGCGACCCAGACGCCUACCACCGCCGAGACUUCUGGUAGAAAUAGUCGGGAAAGAGAGGAUGGGGGGGGGGGGGG